UACCUCCAUCCCAUCGAUCUCACCAGCAGCUUCGAGCUUCCGAGUCUCAGUUCACUCGAGCUUGCAACGCAACAGCUUUCUGUUGCUUGCACAGCUCGAUCAAGCUUUUCCUUCCUAGAAAUCUAGGGCAUUAGCUGCCACAGCCAAUAAAAAGACAUGGGAAGCCUUGACAGCAACCCUGCCUCCUUCGACGCGUUCGCCGCUGAGGCCGACGGCUUCCAGCCGCUCAACGCUGAGGACGUCCGCUCCUACCUCCACAAGUCCGUCGACUUCAUCUACGACUACUACAAGUCCGUCGAGUCCCUGCCCGUGCUCCCCGACGUCGAGCCGGGCUACCUCAGCCGCCUGCUGCAGUCCGCACCACCCAGUGCCGCCGCACCGUUCGACAUUGCUAUGAAGGAGGUCCGGGAGGCCGUGGUGCCGGGGAUGACCCACUGGGCCAGCCCCAACUUCUUCGCCUUCUUCCCUGCGACCAACAGCGCUGCGGCCAUCGCCGGGGAGCUCAUCGCCUCCGCCAUGAACACCGUCGGGUUCACCUGGCAGGCGAACCCGGCGGCCACGGAGAUGGAGGUGCUCGCGCUCGACUGGCUUGCGCAGCUCCUGCGCCUGCCCGAGAGCUUCAUGAUGAACCGCACCAGCGCCGGGCGCGGCACCGGCGGCGGCGUCAUCCUCGGUACCACCAGUGAGGCAAUGCUGGUCACGCUUGUCGCCGCCCGCGAUGCCGCGCUGCGCCGUAUGGGCUCCAACGGCGUCGCCGGGAUCGCGCGGUUGACCGUCUACGCCGCCGACCAGACCCACUCCACCUUCUUCAAGGCGUGCCGUCUCGCCGGCUUCGACCCGGCCAACAUCAGGUCGAUGCCCACCGGCCCUGACACGGACUAUGGCCUUGACCCGUCGAAGCUGCUCGAGGUCAUGCAGGCUGACGUCGACGCUGGCCUCGUGCCAACCUACAUCUGUGCCACGGUCGGCACCACGUCGUCUAACGCCGUCGAUCCGGUGGGCGCCGUCGCCGACGUCGCCGCCCGGUUCAAUGCGUGGGUCCACGUCGACGCCGCCUACGCCGGGAGCGCCUGCAUCUGCCCGGAGUUCCGGCACCACCUCGACGGCGUGGAGCGCGUCGACUCCAUCAGCAUGAGCCCGCACAAGUGGCUGAUGACGUGCCUCGACUGCACCUGCCUAUGGGUCCGCGACGCGCACCGCCUCACCGACUCCCUGGAGACCAACCCGGAGUACCUCAAGAACGACGCCAGUGACUCCGGCACCGUCACCGACCUCAAGGACAUGCAGGUCGGUGUCGGCCGCCGCUUCCGUGGGCUCAAGCUCUGGAUGGUCAUGCGGACAUACGGUUCCACCAGGCUCCAGGAGCACAUACGCAGCGACGUCGCCAUGGCCAAGUUGUUCGAGGAAUGGGUGCGUGCGGACGACCGGUUCGAGGUCGUUGUGCCGAGGAACUUCGCGCUUGUGUGCUUCAGGGUCAAGCCCCACGCUGGCAUGACAGAGGAGGAAACUGAGGCAGCUAACCGUGAGCUCAUGGAGCGCCUGAACAGGACCGGGAAGGCGUACCUUGCGCACACCGUGAUCGGCGGCAAGUUUGUGCUGCGGUUCGCGGUGGGGUCGUCGCUGCAAGAGGAGAGGCAUGUGCGAAGCGCGUGGGAGCUCAUCAGGAAGAAGACCACCGAGAUCAUGAGCGGAGAGAUGUCGGUGUAGUGAUUUUUGGCGAUGUUCUUACAUACAUGUGUCCGAUUAAUUGUUGUUUUCGUUUCGGGAGGUGGUGUCAAAUAAACCAUUUGGCUGGUUUGUGGUUGCAUGAAUAAUAUAUGGAGGUGUUUUACCAUACUA